AAAUAUUUAGUAGUUUCAAAACAACGCUUUAGUAGUUUUAAAGCAAAAUUUAAGUUCAAUAAAAAAAAAAUGAGAUUAUUCAUUAUUUUGGGCAUUGUAAUAUUGGCAAUGGACUUGGCACAAGCUGGACGUACCAAAGGCAAAUCCGAAAAUGAAAUAGUUAAUGAACAUGUAUCAGCAAUGCUGCCACCUUAUUUAAGUGGUGAAUUGAUUGAAAAGGUUGAAGUGCAGCGGAACUUGGAAAAUGUUAACCAUUUAUUUAAUAAUACCUUUGCCGCUGAAUGGAUGCAAAAAUGCUGUGGAAUGGAAGGCAAUUACGCAGACAUUGUCAUUAGAAUUCAAUCUAUUAAUUGUACUCAAAAGGAUGAAUUCGCUGUUUCUUCUACUUUGGAAACAAUAAAUGCAGCAAUAAAUGAGUUUAAUAAGGAAUACGAGAAGCGUUUGUAUACUAAAAGUUAUUUAAAAAAGCAUAUGAAAGAAUUCCAUGCGAUAGCCGAACUUUUACAUGAAAUGCAUGAAAAUGGGGAGAGAAAUAAACGAGUGCUGAUCGAAAAAGCUUGCGUCGAUAUGCAUACAGCUAUGUGUUGGAUGAGGACUGGCGUAGUUAGAUCACCACCAAAAAGUAACUCCUUCAAAAAAACCAGGAUAUCGUCAUGAGACGAUCACUUUAUUUGAAAAUAUCUUAAAUGUGUUACUUUCAAUAUUAAAUACAAUAAAGUAAUUGACCAUUCAAAA